AUGGGUCAAACGCUCUCGGAGCCCGUCGUCGAAAAGACUUCCGACAAGGGCGAGGAUGACAGACUCGUCUACGGUGUCUCCGCUAUGCAGGGCUGGCGUAUCAGCAUGGAGGACUCACAUACCACCGUGCUGGAUCUCGCCGCCGGCACCGACCUCGACCCCAAGAUUCACUAUCCCAAACUCUCCUUUUUCGGCGUUUUCGAUGGUCACGGCGGUAGUACGGUGGCGUUAUUUGCGGGCGAAAAUAUUCAUAACAUUAUUCUCAAGCAGGAUACUUUUAAGGCUGGCGAUUAUGCGCAGGGACUGAAGGACGGUUUCCUCGCCACCGACCGAGCCAUCCUCAACGACCCCAAAUACGAAGAUGAAGUCUCUGGCUGUACUGCUUGCGUCAGUUUGAUCGCAGGCAACAAGCUCUACGUUGCUAACGCUGGUGAUUCACGAGGUGUAUUGGGUAUCAAAGGCCGGGCAAAGCCCAUGUCUCAGGACCACAAGCCUCAACUUGAGAACGAAAAGAACCGAAUUACAGCCGCCGGUGGCUUCGUCGACUUUGGGCGUGUCAACGGCAACUUGGCUUUGUCACGCGCCAUUGGUGACUUUGAAUUCAAGAAGAGCGCUGAGCUGCCCCCGGAGCAGCAAAUUGUUACCGCAUUCCCCGACGUCGAAGAACACGAGCUCACUGACGAAGACGAAUUCUUGGUCCUUGCCUGCGAUGGUAUCUGGGAUUGCCAAUCUUCACAGGCUGUUGUCGAGUUUGUCAGACGUGGCAUCGCCGCGAAGCAGGAUCUGGACAAGAUCUGCGAGAACAUGAUGGACAACUGUCUGGCUUCAAACUCGGAAACGGGCGGCGUCGGCUGCGACAACAUGACCAUGUCCAUUAUCGGUUUCCUCAAUGGUAGGACCAAGGAGCAAUGGUACGAGGAGAUCGCCAAGCGUGUCGCAAACGGAGACGGCCCUUGCGCCCCUCCGGAAUAUGCCGAGUUCCGUGGUCCUGGAGUCCACCACAACUACGAAGAUAGUGACAGUGGCUAUGAGAUGGAUGCAGAGAACAAGGGCAAAAGCUUCGGCGUUGGUGGGUACCGAGGCCGAAUUAUUUUUCUCGGCGAUGGCACAGAGGUUCUCACCGAUUCAGAUGAUACCGAAUUAUUCGAUAACGCCGACGAAGACAAAGACCUCGAGAGUCAAGUGUCUAAGAAUAGCUCGACGUCAAAAGAGAAAGAAAACGCCGCAGCCGCCGAAUCGAAACAAGAACCAGAAACCCAGUCAAAGGCUGGUAAAGAAAUCGUCAAGUCUUCAGCGGCUGUAUCCGAGCAGCAGGACGAGAAGAAGGAAGCCAAGCCCAAAUCGACCUCCGACGAGAGUAAGAAGAAAUAG